CUAGGACCAAAAUAACUGACACACCUUUUUUAAGCUCACUACCAUAUUCAAGCCGGGUUAAGCUUCCUUCUUUUUAUGCGUGUUAAACGUUAGUUAGCAGAUGUUACAUAAUGACCUGACAGGCCGUCUUGCUUGCUACGGUAACUAUCUUGACAUAUUUUUCAAGGGGUUAAAAGUGUUGCACUUCCUGUAUCUCUACCUCUAAUUCAAGUUGUUGUCGUACCCGUGAAACCUGUUUGGUGGCCACCUGUCUGUGUUCGCAUCAGUAAGAAUGUCUGGAAAUCCUGCUGUGGUUAUGCGGCUGGUGGCCUCUGCCUACACUGUGGCUGAAAAGGCCGGGGCCAUUGUGAGGAAGGUCCUUCACAGUGGUGAACUGGGCAUAGUGGAAAAAACCAGAGCUAAUGAUCUGCAGACACUGGCAGACAGACUGGCACAGCAGAGCAUUUGCGCAUCACUGUCCAGAUGUUUCCCCAAAAUCACAAUCAUUGGAGAGGAGGAGCUUCCAGAGGAGGAGAUAAGGGAAGAUCUCAUUGAGAAUGGCCACUCAGAGGAAAUCCUUCAGAAGACAUGUCCUGCAGAAUAUAGCGGGCUGAAAGAGGAGGAGCUAGUUGUGUGGGUUGAUCCCCUCGAUGGCACAAAGGAAUACACUGAAGGGCUCCUGGAUAAUGUGACUGUGCUUAUUGGUAUUGCAUACGGAGGCAAAGCUAUUGCAGGUGUGAUCAACCAGCCUUUCUACAACUAUCAGCUCGGAGCAGGAGCAGAUUUGGGAAGAACCAUGUGGGGGAUGCUGGGGUUGGGCGCCUUUGGAUUUCAGCUGCAGGAAGUUCCAGGUGAUAAGCGUAUCGUCACCACCACACGUUCUCAUAGCAACAAGCUGGUAACGGACUGUGUGGACGCCAUGGAGCCUCAUGAAGUUGUAAGAGUGGGUGGCGCUGGAAACAAGAUAAUCCAGCUGGUUGAAGGAAAGGCUUCUGCUUACGUCUUCGCCAGUCCAGGGUGCAAGAAGUGGGACACCUGCGCUCCUGAAGCCAUUCUGCAGGCUGUUGGGGGUAAACUUACUGACAUGCAUGGCAAUGCAUACUGCUACAACGCUAAUGUAAAGCACAUGAAUUCUGCUGGCAUUCUUGCUACACUACGCAACCACGAGUACUACAUCAGCAGAGUACCACAGUCUGUGCUGCAAGCCCUCAAGUCAGAAUGAGUUCUGUCUUCAGACUUUACACUAAUGUCCCUCUGUGGUUCACAGACUCAACACUUAAAAUGCAUCCAGAGGAGAGUUCCUGGACACACAAUGUUGUAAAAUAUACAGUAUGUUCAUGAAGUCUCAUUGAACAUACUGGACUAACAUUCUUUUUGUGUCAUACAUCACUGAACACUUAAUUAACCACAAACAAACAGAUCAGGCUCCACAGCACAUCCAUUUAUUUCACUUGUUUUAAACCAACUCUUACAAAUCUCAAAACGCCUUUACAUACCGUUUCCAACUUGAAGACCAAUAGAUUUACAAGGUAAAAGGUAAGAUUUAAAUAAAAAUACAUCGGUUAAAUGUUUAUUAGUCAGUUAGAAAUGAUUUACUUAAGUCAAUAACCACCAAGUGGGAAUGCUGUAAUAUAACUGGCGUGACGCCGACAACAAAUGCCAUUGACUUGAUGAUUUUUACCUUUUUUACAAUGACAUGCGAUGACUGAAGUGCAACAAUGUUUAGUGUGGGAGGUCGACAUCUACUGCUGUGAAGAAUAAAGAGCUUUUUGAGCUGCAACAACUUAAGAAAUAUAAAAGGUGAUAACUAUUUUUUAAUCCUGUACUGUACGUCAGGUUCUGUGGCCGUGUUCUUCACACUUCUUUUACACACCAUCUUCUCCUGCAGCGACAUACGUAUCUCUACUGUUCUACACAUCUACUGUACUUACCAGACUAAAGGACACAAGGUGCUCACUGAUGUUUAAUUCCCACAUUUUCCACAUACAUUGAAUUCACGUCAGAACUGAAAGUGAAACUUGUAUGCUGCUCUUUAACAAACACAAAAGCUCCUUCGGUGAUGUGAGGGAUAAGAAAGUUUCAGAGUUUGGCGUUUAAGGAGAAGAGAUUGGAAACACUCAUGUAGAGCAUACUGCGUAUUAAUGCCCUAGUAAAAGUACAGCAUAGCUUGGUUGUGUCUUUUAAAGUUCAAAUAGGCUACAAUGGCCUUUACAAAUGUUUGCUUGCAUAUGGCUAGCAAUACUGAUUGCACUUUUUUUGAUAUCUCCAUGGGGAGAAAAACACAAAGUUACUCCAAGGGCAACUCUUUGAAUAAAAAUUUAACAUUUUG